CGAAAUAUCAACUUGACUCCCAUAGACCACUGGCAGGCCAGGUCGACGCUCUUUGGCAAUCCUGCAUGGCAAGCUAUCUUCGCCGCCUAUUCUCCAGUGCCGCCCGCAUAGAAUCCCCGACGACAGUACGAAAAAUGAAUAUGAAUUCUCCAGACUUACCGGAGGUUUUCCGGCCUCCUGUCAACCGUUCUAUGCAAACCCUCGAUAGAUCAUUCUUCCGAAAAGUGGUUCCACUGGCUGCCGCCACUGUCUCCGAUCCCAGACAGAUCACCAAUGUACGGAAAGAUCUAGAUAAAACUGGGGAUAUGCUCCGGUUAAGCAACAUCAAACCUCUACGAGAGGAUGAGUCAGCUCCAGGCGCAAAAGCAAUUUUGCUCAGGCCUGGGAUCAAUGCAAACGAACCUGCCACAUGGUCACCAACAAUCUCGAAACUUGUGGAAGCCAACCUCGCAAAACUCCGUCCGUACGAUUUAACCCUGACAUAUGAUGAUUGGACCAUGCGUAAACAACAUACUUGAAGCUAUUCUUCCUGAAAUUCCCGAGGAGGAAAAGGAAACUCCUGCUGGAUUCGCCCAGGUCGGACAUGUUGCCCAUGUCAACUUGCGGUCGCCAUACCUGCCAUACAAGCACUUGAUAGGCCAAGUUCUGCUCGACAAAAAUCCCACAGUCACCACCGUCAUCAACAAGAUUUUGGAUGUGGGCCACGAGUCUGUUUUUCGCACAUUUCCGUACGAAGUUCUCGCUGGACCCGAUGACCUCGACGUCGUAGUUCACGAAGCAGGAUGCGAGUUCCGAUUCAACUUUGGCAAAGUUUAUUGGAACUCACGGUUAGGGACCGAGCAUGCGCGGGUAUUCGAGACCUUCAAGGAAGGCGAGGCGGUGUGCGAUGUCAUGGCUGGAGUAGGCCCGUUCGCCGUUCCUGCUGGCAAGAGAAAAGUGUUUGUGAGAGCUAAUGACCUAAACCCGGAUUCUUACGCGAGUUUGGAAGACGCAAUCAAACGUAACAAAGUCGCCGAUUUCGUCACGGCUUCAUGCGAGGAUGGUCGAGAAUUUAUCCGCCGGGCGACCAAUGAAUUGGCCAGUCACCAGCGGACUGUCAAGCUUGCAGCGAAAGUAAAGAUCUCACGCACAGCAAGUGAGGAAGAGAGAAAGGCCCUCCAAGAGGAGGCGGAAAAGUCGGCCAAGGUCUUGCAGGAGCCAGCGGUCUUCUCGCAUUAUGUCAUGAAUCUUCCCGCUACUGCGGUGGAGUUUCUCGACGCUUUCAAAGGAACUUAUCAUGGCCGUGAAACCGAGUUUGCGCCAUAUACCUCGAUCAAGCUUCCCCUGAUACACGUCUAUCUUUUCCAAGCCAAGUUGGCUACGGAAGAGGCUGAACUUGCCGAAAUCUGUGAACGCAUUUCAAAACACAUUGGCGUCGAAAUCAAGAGCGACGACCCGGAACUGGAAAUGGAUAUACGAUAUGUCAGGUUGGUCGCGCCAAAGAAGAAGAUGUUCUGCGCAACGUUUCGAUUGCCAGCAAGUGUUGCCUUUGCAGAGCCUUAGCUUCAGCUGGGCUUGUUUACUGUUGCAGCUCAUGACACUGUUGCAGUUCACUCGGUGCAACUCGCAAAUGCUCUGCCAGACUAUGCUCUGUCGUCAUCGGUAUACUAUGCUGCAUAACCGAGAGUCGGGUCUCUAGCCCGGGGACUGACGGUGCAUUGCAGUAGAUGAAGCCAUGGGAAAACUCCCCAUCUGCACGGCACGGUGAAAGAGGGGACUUUCAUACCUGUGACCAAGGGCUUGAAGGGACAUCUCCUCGCACCAGCGGCAGCCUAUGGACGCAAAGAUCCGGAGUCAACAGAGUGAGUGGAAGCAGCUCAAUCUCGAAAACGGAUCCUUCGAAAGUCCCCAGGCUGAAGUAUUACUAUCCCACUAGCAACCCGCGGCAGGUCAUUGCUGGCUGGACUUGAGUCUCUCUCCACAGAGCACAAUGAGCAAAAGCCCGACGCAUAUGGAUAUAUGCAAAAUCUGUCUAAGCCGGUCCAGAAAUCUCUGAUCGACUCCCCACAGAAUGAAAACGAAUGCUCAGAGGCUGAAAAAGAAAGUUUACAGUGCCUGAAUUUCUCCAGAUCAACAUGGCACUUUCCACUGUCUACCGCGUCCAUCACAACUCUGAGUAUCGCUAGCCUUGGGUAUCCAAAACUCCCGCCGCGUCGGACUAUUUUAUCCGUCCCAAAUUCAACUCAGCUUCGACCUUCAUUCAGAAUUCAAGUUCCAGUCGCUGCAAGCCGCAAACCGCAAUCUGCAGACUUCACAUGACCACACAUCGACCGCAUGACACGGUAUAUUCCUUCUCACGAUAAUUCGGGUCCCAACUAUCGAGCGACCACGCGUCAUGUUCGGGAGCGGCAGCCUGGCCCUGGUCUUCUGUGGCUUUGGUGCCUUUGUUAUGGUUUGGGAUUGGCGGUGAAGGUGUCGCAGCUGUUGCUGCUGCUGGUGGCGGUGGAUGAGGAGGAGAAGGUGAUGGUGGUGCCAGUGAUCCAGGUCCCUCGAGUCCACGGUCGAGCUCGCCGAGUUCAAGUCGUUGGAUCUUGCUAUCACUGCCAGUACCACUGCCUCCCCUCUUCAGGUUCGCAAGUGGAAUUACUGGAACUCGACAACUUGAAUAGCGCUUAUUCGGAAUGGGGGCAGGCCGUGUGGCAUUACUGGCAUGGUUCUUGUUUGUUUGUGGUGUUGCCACCGGGGGAAUUGGAACUGGAUGUCCCAUAGCGGCAUCAGCUGACGUGGGACGCUGUUGCUGUUCUUGUUCCACUCGCUCCCGCUCCGCCAUCUCAGGUGUCGUUGUCAUGAUUGUCGGUGUGGUGGUGUCGUGUCUGCUCUGCUCUACUCUGCUCUGGGAGCGGCUUUGGGCUGUGGUCGCCGUUGCUAUGAUGGGGUUGUGCCAGGAGAGCUCAGAUCCGUACGAAGAUGCCCAAGGACUAUCGUGCGCUGUGCACUUUUUGUCAAAUUUGGCGUUGCGGAACAAGAUGUGCAUUAGGGCCCACCACGCCGCCGACAAGAUCGGCCGUGAUGGCGAUGAUAGUGGUGCUGAUCUUGAUGAUCUUGACGAUGGAUAGCGAGUCCUCUGCUCACUGCCGGUGAUCAAUAUCGCUAUUCCUCCGCUCAGGAUCUUAGGCUGGACAGGACGUGAGGCAAAGAAACGGCGGCAGAAAUCAAAGAGAAGAGAAUAUAGACAAUUCAAGAUCUUCUCGGACUAAGGUAUUUAAGCAAGAGCAAGUGAAAUCUAAGCUUCUGUCUUCACCUUGUCGACUCUCCUCCUCUCUCAUGGACAGUCACCAUCCCUGCAUCACUGCACCACUCAGGCUCCAUCAUGACUGGACUGGCUAUCAGUGUCACCAAGUCGAAACAACUCAACUUCACUACACCGGUUCCCCGGUAUGACAUGCCAGUUCCAUGCCACCAGAGAAGCAUGAAAUGCAGUGAUAGAAACUUGAAUCGGAUACUACUAAGUAUCAGGUAUAGUUAUAAUUAUCGAUCGUACUGCACGCGCU